UCGGAACACAUUUUGAUUACACCCCGUUGGUUAUAUCCCGCUGAUAGCCGAAGUACAUUGGACACACAGUCAUACCAUACCAGUACUUGUGUUGUAAUGUCACAUUAGAAUAAUGCAGCGAACACAAAACAGCAGGCGACGUGAUGACAGACCAUGUUGUCGCUGGACGUUGUCGCUGCUGCACAUCUUCACGUGUUUUGUGGCGGGAUUCUGCAUCCUCAGCGUUCUGAUAAUGCGGGGACGUGAGGCAAAGUGUUUACCUCCAAUAACAGACCAGAAUGGAAAAGUGCUUCAUUACACUGACGCCAUCCUUAACGCGUUCUGCGACCUUGUCCUGUACGCUUGUGGUGUCUUGUCGGUGUGGAACAUCGUGUCCUUGUUCAUCCACUGCUGCACGGAAAACAAACUAUGGAUUGUUCUCCAAACUGUGAUAUUCAUCACAAUCAGCGUUCUCGGACUAGCUGGCUCCGCUUCAGUGACAACACAGUUCUUGAUGUGGUGCAGGAACCUGCAAACAACGUACCCAAACGCAACCGACUGUCAAAUGGCCGCGGCUUACUUUGAAAAGAGUUUUGGAAAGGACAUGCUGAACAUGACAUUGUACUACAGGACUGAUAUAAUCCAACAGACUUGCACCUGGACCAUCAGUUUCCUGUGCAUGGUGCUCGCGUUCAUCUACAUCAGCCUCCUGUGUGUCUCCAGGGUCGGACACGACAACAACAGAACACGUGUCAUCCUUGUCACGAACAACGAAGAGGAACAGCCUCUUAUUAUAUCCGGUGAAGCCACAUCCUACACAUGAAACCAUUCCCCCGACAGUGAUCGAAUUGGUGCUCAUGUUUGUAAGGCAACAUCAAUUAUCCACAUGUAUAUAACCUCCUGCUUGAUACAUCACUUGAUAACGGUGUAAGUAUCUACAGUAAACUACGGUCAUAACGAACUCAAAAGGACCACUAGUUCUAGUUCGUAAUAACCGUAGUUCGUUAUAAGCAUAUACACAGCAUACAUACAACAAAUAACCGGGACUAAAACAUGAGUACGUAAUAUCGGCGAGUUCAUUAUAAGAGUGUUCGUUAUAAACGUAGUUUACUGUACAUUGAAACAUCGCAUUUGUUAACAAAGGAAGGAUACGGAACCGCAAAAGAAACGUCACCAUGGAUAGAAAUUUGAGAAACCUUAUUUGUCCAAA